CAACAUAAUGGGUUAAACAAAAGCAUUAGAUGGCCACUAUUAAGGCCAUAGAAAGCCGCUCAAUACACCAGAUCCAGUCUGGACAAGUCAUUGUCGAUCUCUGCUCUGUCGUCAAGGAACUAGUGGAGAAUAGCCUCGACGCCGGAGCUUCAUCGAUCGAUGUGGGAUUCAAAGAUCACGGCCUCGAGACGAUCGAAGUGCAAGACAAUGGCAAGGGCAUCGCACCCCACGACUUUGACACAGUCGCGCUGAAGCACUAUACGUCUAAGCUGUCCAACUAUGAGGACCUCACUUCGCUUGACACCUUCGGCUUCCGUGGCGAGGCACUGUCUUCACUAUGCGCGCUGUCAAAGUUCCAUAUCGUCACGGCGCGUGCGGAAGACGGAGCAGUCGGCAAGCGACUCGACUUCGAGGUCUCGGGGAAGCUGCGGUCUGCAACCGUGACAGCUGCCCAGAAAGGUACCACAGUCUCCGUAGGCGAGCUCUUCUACAACCUCCCGGUCCGCCGCAAGGAGCUCGAGAAGAACAUCAAGCGCGAGUUUGGCAAGGUCGUCGCCUACUUACAUGCCUAUGCUUGUAUCAGCGUCGGUGUACGAUUCUCCGUCAGCAACCAGAUGCCCAAGGGAAAGAAAGUUGCCGUCUUCUCAACCAAAUCUAACACCACGACUAAGGAGAACAUUGUGAAUGUGUUUGGCACCAAGACCCUCGUCGCGCUGAUCAAGCUCGACUUGCAGCUCGAGAUGGAGCCAAGCGUAGGUCCUGGCACACAGAGCGCGCGUAAUUGGACCACGCAGGCUGCAAACUGCUCAACGACAGUGCUUGUACAGGGUCACAUCUCGAAACCGGUCUUUGGCGAGGGACGUCAGGCACCCGAUCGCCAAAUGUUCUUCGUCAACUCCCGACCUUGCCUGCUGCCGCAGGUCUCUAAGGCGAUCAACGAGGUUUACAAAUCCUACAAUGUAUCGCAGUCUCCGUUCAUCUUUGCGAAUCUGAUCGUAGAUACCAAUUCUUACGACGUCAAUGUCUCGCCUGACAAGCGGACAAUCAUGUUGCAUAACCAGACAGCAUUGCUGGAGAGCCUGAAGACCGCCUUGACUGAGCUCUUCGAUCAGACUGAUCACACAGUCCCGCAAUCCUCGCUACCAAACCGCAGAUUGCCAGCGUAUCAGACACUGAACGUUCCUCGACCACAUUCGACCGAACAGUCAGUCGAUGAUGAGGCCGAAUCAGACUCAGAUGAACGCAGAAGUAAGACCGAGCCAACCAACCCGACAGUAGUCGCGCAUCCCGUGCGAACGCCCAAAGAUGAAACAUCGCUUGACACACCAUCAAACUUGCUGCGGAACUGGCUAGGCCGCGAAGCGGACGACCGUCAUGAGAAAUCGUUUACGAUUGCCAAGCGCAAGACAAUGGACUUGCAGAAGGAGACGACAGAGCCUGUUAAUAUGUCGCAGGAGCACGAAACCAACCAUGUGGACUCCCUGCAUGCUAAGCAUAGUGCACAGUUUGAUGACCCAAACUUAGGAGCGGACAGGCUUCCCGCCUGUGACGCUAACAUUCCUUCAACGACAAACGCGAUCAAAUGUCAGUCACCGCACCGUUCCACGAUACAUAAUGCGGGUACAUGCCAAGUGGCUCCCGAUCCCAUGGGCACGCCAUAUGAUGACCUUUUCUCGCAGCGCCCUGCUCAUCUUACAGGGGAUCUGAGUCACACACAUGCUGAAGCAGCAGCAGUCGGGCUUGAAGCUCAAAGCGCUGCGGGCGAUGAUGGCAACCACCGGCACGAGUCAGACCAUCCGGAUACACUGUGUAAAGUCCUUAGCGUGCAGGCUCGAUCGGCUGACCAACAUGAAACCACGCCGCUUAGUGGUCAACUUGAAGAAGAGUCGUCCAUUUCAGCCAUUGCAACCGGCUCGCAGAAAGCGACAUCAGGCGCAGUGCAGAGCGCAUUCGAUCGGAUGCGCCCAAAGCGGACCCGAUUGCAAACGGCAGAGAUUACAAUUGGUGAUACAACAACCACCGCGAUCAUCGGCAGCAGUCCGCCAUACAAGAAGCGCCGAGUUUAUGCGCCCCAGAACUCUCAAUCGAUCGCAAAGUUCGGUGCAAGCCCGCUCUUGGCUCGCGGUCUACGCACCUUCGCUGCUCCCGGCUCGCAGCUGGCUAUAGACAGUAGUGACGUGCCCAUGGCGGAUGAUGCACCGUCUGAACACGACAGUGCCGGAUCUGUGGUUGAUAGGUCCAGUAACGAUGGCGAACGUACGGGCUCGCCAACCGCAACCGGGGCUCGCACACCUGAGCAUGAUCGCACGUCGGACCCGUUGGACGAACUGCCUCCGGUUGGCGCUGAUGACGAUGAGCUGGACGAGGAUUACGUUGACGAGAAGGAGCGACGGGUACAGGAGGACGAAAGAGUUGCACGACUGAUCCAAGAAGCUGAGGAGGCCGCUGCUCGACCGACUGAAGCCAACUUGAAGCGCGCGUCCCAGGCGCUUCGAAGUGGUGCUAACCGUAAGGAGUCUACAUUGAAACUCAUGCAAAUGCUGUCCGUUUCCCUUGCAGACAUCGAGCAGCGAGCCAACGCGCUCUACAUGAGCACCCAAGCCCUGGUUGAUCUGGCGCACGACGCACAAGAUAAAGUCUUUGUGAAAGACGAAUUCGAUGACGCAAGCGCAGAGGGCAAGCUCUCGCUCACCGUCAGCAAGCCCGACUUUGAGCGAAUGAUGGUUGUGGGUCAGUUCAACCUGGGGUUCAUUGUAGCUGUGCGGUCCGCUCAGGACGAAGAAGAACAGGAUGAGCUCUUCAUCAUUGAUCAGCAUGCAGCCGACGAAAAGUACAACUAUGAGCGUCUGCAGCGAACUGUGACUUUGCAGAGCCAACGGCUUGUCCGGCCGAAACUGCUGGAGUUGACCGCCAUUGAGGAAGAGAUCAUUCUGAACCACUCCGCUGCGCUAAAAAGCAAUGGUUUUGAGAUCGAGGUCAGCUCAUCAACUGACGAUGACGAUGAGUCUACGAACCGACACUGCCGCCUCCUCACACUCCCAAUCAGCGGCGAGAAGACAUUUGACGUGUCUGAUCUCGAAGAACUCCUUCAUCUACUGAGCGAGGCACCACCGGGAAGUUCCGAGAUACUGCGGCCGAAGAAGGUGCAACGCAUGCUUGCCAUGCGUGCUUGCAGAAGCAGUAUUAUGAUUGGCAAGACGCUGAUGCACAGGCAGAUGGUGAAGGUGGUGAGGCACAUGGGAGAGAUGGAAAAGCCGUGGAAUUGCCCGCACGGCAGGCCGACGAUGAGACAUUUGGCCAGCUUGGGUGCAUGGCAAAGCUGGCAGGAAGGCGAUGUCGUGGAUCGCAACGAGGAAAUGACCCGCCCAUCGCGGUUGGGGAGGGACACGGAUUGGAAGGCGUGGCUGUCGAAGCGCAAGUGAUAUAUUGCCAGGCCUGCCCGUUGUGGGCUGUUAGCGCUGUGAUACUAAAUACACGGUUAAUCUGAUCUUUCCAUAUACUCUGCUUGUCCGCCAGCAUUGUCCAUGCCACACCGCGCCGGAGUCCAGACAGUCAUGGGUUUAUGUCGUAGUGCAAUACGAUAUCGCUUCCACGAGGUAACGUUCAUAAAGUCGUCCCUG